GCGCACGUCGACGUCGCGAGCUAUUCAUUGACCGCGGCUGCUCGCCGACGUCGCGUGCCUCUUAUCACACACACUGUCUCAUUGUCGGCAUCAGCUAUCUCGUCUCUUCUUCAUCAUCGACACCAUCAACAAAAUCAGCGUAACAUCUUCGUCAGCAGCAGCAGCAGAAGUGUCGAGUCAAGAAAGCAGCAGCAGACGACAGUCUUCGCGCGAGACAGAGAGAAGGGGAUAAUGUGCCGCCGCGGGCGAACAGUGACGGACAGCUGUGUGUGCGUGUACGUGUUCAGCAGCUGCUGGAGAGCGGCAUAAAAAGCCCGGCCGAGCGGUUCGGCGGCUCAGAAGUCCGUCGCCCGACUCACGCACUCCUAUCUUUCCUCGUAUAUACUCUAUACCAUCUCUUAUCAUCGUGUAUACCUGCAAGUCGUGAGGAUUCCGACGCACACACGCGGUUCUCUGCGCUAGCUGUCAAGGUUCUGACGUUCGAGUUCGAUUUGUACCGAUAACCAAGCGUCCACCAAAAUGUGCGGAAUUUUCGCCUACCUGAACUACCUGACGCCCAAGACUCGCAAGGAGAUCCUGGAGCUGCUGGUCGGGGGACUGAAGCGACUGGAGUACCGUGGAUAUGACUCCGCAGGCGUCGCCCUUGACUCACCCGACGGCAAGGAUAUCGCCAUCAUUAAGAAGCAGGGAAAAGUCAAGGCUCUCGAGGAGGAAAUAUUUCUGCAUUCGACGCUGGACUUUGACACGAACAUCGAGAGCCACGUCGGUAUCGCGCACACCAGAUGGGCGACCCACGGUGUACCCUCCGAGGUCAACUCUCAUCCUCAGCGCUCGGACAUCGAGCAUUCCUUCGUCGUGGUUCACAACGGAAUCAUCACGAACUACAAAGACAUAAAGAUCCUGCUGCAGAACAGGGGCUACAGCUUCGAAAGUGAAACCGACACGGAAAUCAUAGCCAAGCUCAUCCAUCACAUCUGGGUUCAACACCCAACCUACUCGUUCCGUGAGCUCGUCGAGCAAGUCGUUCAGCAGCUCGAAGGUGCGUUCGCUCUCUGCUUCAAGAGCAAGCACUUCCCGGACGAGUGCGUUUCCACGAGACGUGGAUCCCCGCUUCUGGUUGGCAUCAAGACCAAGACGAGACUCGCCACCGACCAUGUGCCCAUCCUCUACGGCAAAGACGACCUUCCACGCACUGUCAAAGCAGAAACUGAAGCCACGACGACAGAGCACCGUCCGCACCGCAGGACAGCUGAAUUCCCCAUCAUGCCCCGCAGCGAGAGCACUUCCGAGUUCCAGCCGCUCGAGGACAAAGAAGUCGAGUACUUCUUCGCAUCGGACGCCAGCGCCGUUAUCGAGCACACCAACCGCGUUAUUUUCCUCGAGGACGACGACGUAGCCGCAGUAAAGGACGGCGCUCUGAGCAUCCACCGUCUGCGCCGUUGCGUCGACGACGCCCACGCCCGCGAGAUCCACACCCUCAAGAUGCAGAUCCAGCAGAUCAUGAAGGGCAACUACGAGUACUUCAUGCAAAAGGAGAUCUUCGAGCAGCCCGAGUCGGUGGUCAACACCAUGAGAGGUCGUCUGAACUUCCGCGACAACUCCGUCACCCUCGGCGGUAUCAAGGACUACAUCCCCGAGAUCAAGAGGUGCAGACGUCUCAUGCUCAUCGGUUGCGGUACCAGCUACCACUCCGCCGUUGCCACGAGACAGCUGCUGGAGGAGUUGACCGAACUGCCGGUCAUGGUCGAGCUGGCUUCCGAUUUCUUGGACAGGAACACGCCGGUGUUCCGUGACGACGUUUGUUUCUUCAUCUCUCAGUCUGGAGAGACAGCAGAUACCUUGAUGGCUCUGAGAUACUGCAAGGGUCGCGGCGCUUUGAUCGUCGGAAUCACCAACACAGUCGGCAGCAGCAUCUGUCGCGAGUCGCACUGCGGUGUGCACAUCAACGCAGGUCCGGAAAUCGGUGUCGCCAGUACAAAGGCUUACACCUCGCAGUUCAUCUCUCUUGUGAUGUUUGCGCUCGUCAUGAGCGAGGAUAGGAUUUCUCUUGGACAAAGGCGAAUGGAGAUUAUCGAGGGAUUGAAGAACUUGGACAAUCAGAUCCGCGAAGUCCUGAAGCUCGACGACCAGGUCAAGGAACUGGCCAAGUCUCUGUUCCAACACAAAUCCCUGCUCAUCAUGGGUAGAGGAUACAACUUUGCUACUUGCAUGGAAGGAGCUCUCAAAGUCAAAGAAUUGACCUACAUGCACAGCGAGGGUAUAAUGGCUGGUGAACUGAAGCACGGACCUUUGGCUCUGGUCGAUGAUUCCAUGCCUGUGAUCAUGAUCGUCAUGAGGGACCCAGUAUACGUCAAAUGCAUGAACGCCUUGCAACAAGUGACAGCCCGUGAUGGCAGACCGAUCGUGAUCUGCGAGGAGGGCGACGACGAGACCAAAUCCUUCGCUGCCAAGUGUCUGGAGAUCCCCAAGACCGUCGACUGCCUUCAAGGAAUCCUGACCGUCAUUCCAAUGCAACUGCUUUCUUUCCACAUCGCCGUGCUCCGUGGCUGCAACGUCGACUGCCCGCGAAACUUGGCCAAAUCCGUCACGGUAGAAUAGACGCACGUUCCCUAUGUUGCUUUUCUUUUGAGACGAUAAAAAAACAUGAUGAUACUGCGGUGAGGUCGCGCACAUACGACCAAAGGCAUGAAUCGGCUGUGGCAGUGCGAGAACCGUCGCCACUCGAGCGUUCGAAUACUCGGAACUUCGAGCGCGCGGUGAUCGAGAAUGAGAACGAAAUUGUGUCGAGUGAUCUUCUGGAUUAUUUCGAGCAAUGGACGAGGAUGAAUUUUGAUGACGAUGAAGUGACCGCACGUUUUUUUUCUUAUACCUGUUUGUUAAAACGAUGCGCAAAACAUAGACGUUAAUGAGCUUCACGAGGUGAAAUCCCUCGACCGCUUUGAUUCUUGCAAUAUGUAACUUGCAUUUGUAUUCAUUCCACCGAGUUUUCUUUUCGCGGAGGCGCAAGAAUUGUAAAAAUCAUAUUUAAACUAGGCGCGUGCCCAAAUUUAUUACUCUUAAGUGAUUUUGUAUACGGAAACUUCGUAUUAGCUGUAAGAAAAUUUUUUUUAUACUCAAAACAUAAUCUUUACGACAGCAAAGUAAUGGAGAACUAAUCAAGGCAUCGCACAGACAUACUAACGAUGCUCGUUAAAAUUGCGAGCCGCGAUUGUAAAUAUUAUACAAGUUGUCCCUAAAUCUGGUUGAGUAUUGUUUUUAUUGCGUACGUAGCGCGUCCGAGCGGAAAUUUCAUUGGACAUUAUACACAGAUAUAUAUAUAUAUAUUUUUUUAACGAACAUUACGAAAACUGUACAAAGCAAGAUUUUAUCGCGUUCAGUGUACUAGCGGACGCGCUACGUGAAGUAACGCUGUGUAGCUGCUGAGCGUCGUGCAAUGAGUAUGUCCCUGAUUGACAAUAAUAAAUUUUUAACAAU